CACACGGGGCGAGGCCCAACCCCUUCUCCGACAAAACACAGCUAACGGCUAGCUGAGUUAGCGCGGCUUUUAGCACUCUUUCUCUUCAUAACAGGGGAUUUCAAGGUCCGGAAAACUGUGAGAAGAGUAUGGGCUGUAGAGGAAGCGUGUGAUAGAGAAUGAUCUCAUUCCGGUCCACUGUUUGAGCUGUCUGAUUUGAGGACCAACUCAGUCCAGCAUGGAGGCCUCCACCAUUCUCCCUGUACUGAAGAAGAAGCUGGCGUUUUUGUCAGGAGGUAAAGACCGACGUAGCGGCCUGAUUCUGACCAUCCCGCUAUGCACGGAGCAGACUAGCAUGGAGGAGCUCAGCUCCACUCUGGAUUACCUGCUCAGCAUCCCCAGUGAGAAGUGUAAAGCGAGGGGUUUCACUGUGAUCGUGGACGGGAGGAAGUCUCAGUGGAACGUGGUGAAGACGGUUGUCCUGAUGCUACAGAAUGUCAUCCCGGCCGAGGUGUCCUUGGUGUGUGUGGUGAAACCAGAUGAAUUCUGGGACAAGAAGGUCACCCAUUUCUGCUUCUGGAAGGAGAAGGACAGGCUUGGCUUUGAGGUAAUCCUCGUCUCUGCUAAUAAGCUCACGCGCUACAUCGAGCCGUGUCAGCUUACUGAUGAGUUUGGGGGCAGCCUGCAGUACGACCACAUGGACUGGGUCAACAAGAGACUGGUGUUUGAAAAAUUCACCAAAGAGUCCACUUCCCUGCUGGAUGAGCUUGCGGUCAUUAACGAAAACGAGAAGGCCAGCCAGCCGGACAAGGCCAGCAGGCCUUCAGACAGCAAUGUCCUGCCCUCGUUUGACCCUGAAGCUGUCCUCCAAACUGGUCAUGAGCUGCUGUCUGAGCUGCAGCAGAGACGUUUUAACGGCUCUGAGGGUGGCGGGGGUGGUGGGGGGACGGCCUGGUCUCCGAUGGACGAUGAGCUGUUGGCGCAGCCUCAGGUGAUGAAGCUGCUGGACUCUCUGAGGGAGCAGUACACCAAAUACCAGGAGGUUUGCCGUCAGCGCAGCAAGCGCUCGCAGCUCGAGGAGAUCCAGACCAAGGUCAUGCAGGUUGUGAACUGGCUGGAAGGUCCUGGUACGGAGCAGCUCCGGACUCAGUGGGGGAUCGGAGACUCCAUCAGAGCGUCACAGGCCCUGUUGUUGAAGCAUGAGGAGAUAGAGAGCCAACACAGUGAAUGGUUUGCGGUGUAUGUGGAGCUGAACCAGCAGAUGGCGGCGCUGUUGAGUGCAGGUGAUGAUGAGGAUCUGUUGGAGCUGAAGGCUCUGCAGCAGCAGCUCAGCGACGUGUGCUACAGGCAGGCCAGCCAGCUGGAGUUCAGACAGAACGUCCUGCAGUCCGCACACGACUUCCAUGGCACAGCCCAGGACCUGUCCCAGCAGUUGGACGGUCUACUGGGCAUGCUCUGUGCAGACGUUGCUCCUGCUGACGGAGCCGCCAUUCAGCAAACACUGAAACAUCUGGAGGAGAAACUGAAGAGUGUUGAGGGAGCUCUGCAGAGCCUGAGAGAGAAGGGUCAGGUGCUGCUCGAGCAGAUCUCAAACCAGUCAUCCUGGUUCUACGGAAAAGACAUGCAGAUUGAGAACAAAGAGAACAUCGACCACAUCCACAGCGUCAUGGAGGACAUGCAGCUGCGCAAGCAGAGGUGCGAGGACAUGGUGGACGUGAGGCGACUGAAGAUGCUGCAGAUGGUCCAGCUUUUCAAGUGUGAGGAGGACGCCUCGCAGGCAGUGGAGUGGCUCGGGGAGCUGCUGGACGCUCUACUGAAGACACACAUUAGGCUGGGCGAUGAUUCGCAGGAAACCAAAGUGCUCCUGGAGAAACACAGGAAAUUUGUGGAUGUUGCACAGAGCACGUAUGAUUAUGGCAGACAGCUGCUGCAGGCCACAGUGGUGCUGUGCCAGUCUCUGCGCUGCACCACACGCUCUUCUGGCGACACGCUGCCCAGACUCAACCGUGUGUGGAAACAGUUCACAGUGACUGCAGACGAGAGGCAGCACCGACUGGACAUGGCCAGCACCUUCCACACCGCUGCUGACAGGGUUCUGAAGGAGGGUUCAGAGCAGGGGGAGCUAUUGGAUGUGGAGGUGUUUGAGGAGGUGGAGACGGUGGGGAAGGCUCUGCUGGACAGACUCACUGUACCUGUCAUUUUUCCUGAUGGGAGCGAGCAGUUUUUCGGCAGCCCUGGCGACAUGGCGUCCUCGGCCGAGAACAUCCGCGACAGGAUGAAGCUGGUGGAGGACAAGAGGCUGCAGCAGGAGGAGGCGGAGCAGCUACAGGAAGAAGUUGCUCUGGAAGCGGGGCCUGAUGAGAGUUAAUGAAUGCUAAAAACCUGAAAGAAAUGCUGCAUUAAAUUUACUUCAUUCAACUGUAUACAUCAUUUCCACAUUACAUCAGCGCUACGGCAAGCCUUAAAAUAAGGAAUUGCGGUUAACCACAUUAUUUUCUGUAGUUAAUCGUGAUCACAUUUGACUUAUUUACUGAACUUUCACCCUAAAAAAAGAGAUUUUUCCGUUUAAAAGCAGUGCAUUGUGUUGUGUGGACAAAACAAGCUUCCUCAGAAUGUAUUUGACUUUCUGUAAUUCUGUAAUUUGUAAAAUGUGAACAGUUCACAUCAACCUGAACAUGAAAAUCACAUGGUUUCCACACCGAGUGAACAGUUUUCAUAACUGACGUCCUUUGAGAGCGACAUUUUCCAGCCAAUGAGCGUAUACAGUGGUGUGCAAAAGUUUUGGCACCCCUGUCAAACUGUGUUUUGUUACCUAAAUGAAAAUAAACACAUCCUCUACAGAGGACACACUUCUGUACAUUUUAAUGCACAUUAGUGUUCAUUUGCUGACAUAUUGGGGGAAGAAUAAAACAUAAAAUGUGACCUGUGCAAAUGUAAUGGCACCUUUUAUGUUUAAUAUUUUUUCCUAAUAUCAUAAACUCAGUAAAUAAAUAGAAAUAGUGCACUAAAAUUGGCAGAAAAAUGACAUUUAAUUUUGUAGAUGAUCUGUUAACUUGUUUUCACAUGGAGGGUUAUUUCAUCUAGGGUUGUCUUAACUUUUGCAUAUGACUGUGUAUCAUAUAUAUCACUGUUGUCGGAAGAAAACCUCCAGUUUCCAUUUUUGUCGUUUUUCAGUUUUUUGACAUAAUUUGAAAAUGCCUGUUGUCCUUUACUUUGUGUGUAAAUUUUCAUGAUGAAUGGACCAAUAGAAAAGGCCCGAAAUGACUUGGAAGUCUGGUUCCAUUGACUUACAUUAAAAGAAAAGUAGGCUUUCUCUUUUUCCAGUAAAAUUACCAUUUUGUAGAUAUGAGGUUUUGAUCUGACAACAGCGAUACAGUCAAUGGUUCUGCUCCUCCAUGACUGUUGCCUCUCACUCUUGUUCAUACAGCUCAUGGAUUCUUCUUACUGUAGAGGCUCUCGAGGGGAACUGGAGCUCCACUUUGCUGUUGCUUUUGUUAGUUUGCUGCUCAUUGAUUUAUCCAUAGUUCUCCCACAAGUACUGUCCAGCAAUUUUCAGGUGAACUUUGACAACACUAGUCAACACAGUUGUGUCUCAGUUAGCUUAUUUUUGGCAACAAUAGUGUUUUUUUUUCCAUAUAUAUUAUUCAUGUGGAAAUGAUGUAAGGUGCGAGUAAAUUCAAUGCACCUCUUUUUUUCCAGAAAACAUGGUCAUCUGGACCUCCCUCAAUCCAGCUUGACCUACAUAUGCCCCCUUUUCUUCCCUAAACAGGCCAGGAGUGUCUCCAGUUAUUGUCUGCUCAAGCCAAGCCAUCUUAACACCUUAAAAGCAGUGAAAGGUAGUACCCCAGUAGGUUCCUAUUGCAUUACUUUCACACCAGUACAGCUAAAAGAAAGAGAAAAAAGACUGAACUCAGUAUAAAGCUUUACAUUUAUUGGGUCACCUUUAUCCAUCCUGGACAGGUGACUUUAGCUUUUAAUGGUGCUACUAAAGCCUAUAGAAUGUACAGUAAGAAGCACCAUCGCUCUACACCCCAUUUGUACUUGGUGCUGUAGAUUUUUAGGCCUAUGAUAAACUUCCUGAUUGACAGUAAGAAAUGUACUUUGAGUUUUUUCCUCUGCUUUUUCCAUUGAGCGUUUCCAAAACGUUCACUGUUAUCACUUCCUGUGCCAACAUGAUUGCCCAUUAUAAAGGCCUUUGAUUCAGGCAUAAACUGCCAAAGGUACUGUUGCAGUUAGCGCUAGCUGUUUGUGUGCGAGAGAGAGACUGUAUGCAUGUGAGUGAGUAUGUUUUACAGAUAUGAGAGACAACAGCAAGCCAUUAAUAGUGGACAUGACGGUGAUUGUACAGAUUUUUCCUGCAUCAAAAGGUACAACAGGGCUUUGUCAAGUGGAGCAUUGAUGAAUAAAAUGUGAAACUGAAAUUGUUUCAUCUCAUAAUUGUCAAUCUAAUGUGUAUGCUGCUUGCAUAUUUGAGGCAUGUCAUAAAAUAAUGAAAUCCAUAUUUAUUGAUUUCUUUUUUUACUCAGCAUUUAUAAUUGUAUAAUGCUUUUUGGCUAUUUUUAAGUUUUUAAUUAUGUAUUUUAUGAAAAUCUGGGGUCGUUUGAGCCAAAAAAAAAUGAACAAAAAAGUACUGCAAAGGGAGAUUUGGGAGAAUGUUUAGUCUAUCAUGCUAUCAUACGGACAGGCUCAGCGUUUACAGGAAUGUCCGCCGUUAUCGCGAAUAUGCUGAACAUUUUUGCUUAUGCUGUCAUGCAUUUUACAGUGGCUGUACAGGAAGUUUCUAACCCAUGAAAUAAACUUAUUGUUAUACCCCUUA